AUAUAGAGAGAGAGCGUGUGUCUAGGAGAGAGAAUUAAGGAGGGGGGUCUUGCAGGCUGUGUUGUUGGGUGACAAAUAAAACCCAUUGCCCCUAUCAAGCUGGGUCGGCCUUGGAUUUGGGGUGGGUAAAAUGCCGAGAAUAUAUAUAUAGAGAGAUCACUCUCCCCUUCUACUUUAUUCUCUUCAAAUUCGAUACUUUGCUGUACCCGGAACGAGGUUUUGAGGAGACUGGAGAGAAUACCUUCUUCUCUCUCUAAUUUCUCGCUCUACCCUCUCUCUCUUUAUGUCUCCCACAUUGUCUGAUUCCAACUUCAGAACAUAGUUCUACUUUCACACAUCAGUGUUGUCCUCUCUGUUCUUUUCUUUCUGAAUUUCUCUCUUUCAUAUCUUCUUCCCUCUUUUUUCUCUCGAAUUAUCACAGAAGACAAACAACCCAAGUGGGUUCUUUCAAUUCCACUUCCUGUUUGGCCCUGAAACCCAAAUGCCUAGAAAAUGGGGUUUUCUCAUUUCCAUUAACUGUUCUCUGUUUGUCACCUGAGAAAACAGAGGACUCUGUUCUAAUCUCAUUCAAUCUGGUGAGGGAAAUCUCUGUUUUUGUUCUCUUUUUUUCUUCAAUCGCUAAAUUGGUUCAUUUUUCUUCAUUUUUACUACAUUCUGAGCGAAACCCAGAAGUUCCAAUUGAAACAAGAAGAGAAAGAUUCAAUCUCUUCUUCUGUAAAUCAGAGAUUUUUAUAUGUGAAGCUGUGAAACAAUGAGAGAUGGGAACCCCAAGAAAAGCAAGCUUUCGUGGCCAAAGACCCUGGUCAAGAAAUGGUUUAAUGUCAAGAGCAAAUCCGAGGACUUUCGUGCAGACGAUGCCAUUUAUGGAGGUGGUGAUGAAGAAUGGAGGAACGAGUUCUUAGAGAGGGAAGCAUGCGCUAUCAAGAAAAGCAAGACAGAGAGAUCAACUAGGAGGAACUCAGAUCGUGUUCGGCGGAGUAAGAAUGACUUGCAGGCCUCUCAAGUUACAGAUGUGCAUAACUAUGGUAUCUUUGUAGCUACAUGGAAUGUAGCUGGGAAAUCUCCUCCAAGCCAUUUGAACCUUGAAGAUUGGCUUCAUGCCUCACCUCCUGCUGACAUCUAUGUUCUUGGAUUUCAAGAAAUUGUUCCUUUGAAUGCUGGUAAUGUUCUUGGCACAGAAGACAAUGGCCCAGCAAGAAAAUGGACGACACUUAUCCGGAAGACUCUAAACAGUCUUCCUGGAACAAGUGGAGGUUGCCACACACCUUCACCAAUCCCUGGCCCAAUUGUGGAACAAGAUGCUGAUUUUGAGGGAUCAACUAGAGAGAAAGCCUCAUUUUUCUUCCAGCGUCGCUCAUUCCAGUCCUUGAGUCGCAGUAUGAGAAUGAUGGACAAUGACAUGCCCAUGCCAGAACCUCGACUUGAUCGUCGAUUCAGUGUCUGUGAUCGGGCUACCCUUGGGCACAGGCCAAGUGAUUAUGACCCAAAUUUCAGAUGGGGUUCCUUCGAUGAUGAGAAUGGGCUUGGGGAUUCGCCAGGCACCAUGCACUACUCGCCAAUCUCAUACAACGAGUCUAUUUACAUGGAGGACAGAGAUAGACAGCCAGGGCAUUCAAGGUAUUGUUUGGUGACCAGUAAGCAAAUGGUUGGAGUAUUCCUCACAGUGUGGGUGAAGAGUGAUCUAAGGGAUGAUGUUCGCAACAUGAAGGUGUCAUGUGUGGGCAGAGGAUUGAUGGGUUAUCUCGGAAACAAGGGUUCAAUUUCAAUUAGCAUGUCUCUGCACCAAACAAGCUUCUGCUUCGUUUGUAGUCAUUUAACCUCCGGGCAGAAGGAGGGCGAUGAGCUGCGAAGAAACUCUGAUGUCAUGGAAAUUCUUAGGAAGACGAGGUUUCCUAGGGUCCAAGGCAAUGGGGAUGAGAACUCCCCUCAAACAAUCCUUGAGCAUGAUCGAAUAAUUUGGCUUGGGGAUUUGAAUUACCGGAUUGCCCUGUCUUACCGUUCUGCAAAGGCUCUUGUUGAGAUGCGCAAUUGGAGGGCUUUGUUAGAAAAUGAUCAGCUUCAGAUAGAGCGGAGAGGAGGUCGUGUCUUUGAAGGAUGGAAUGAAGGGAAGAUAUAUUUUCCUCCCACUUACAAGUAUUCAAAUAAUUCAGACAGAUAUACUGGGGAUGACAUGCUCCCAAAGCAGAAGCGAAGGACCCCUGCAUGGUGUGAUCGUAUAUUGUGGUAUGGAAGAGGCCUCCAUCAAAUAUCUUAUGUUCGCGGGGAGUCUAGAUUCUCAGAUCACAGACCAGUUUAUAGCAUAUUUGUAGCAGAGGUUGAAUCCAUUAAUCGUAAUCGAAUCAAGAAAAACACAAGUUGUUCCAGUUCUAGGGUUGAGGUUGAAGAGUUGUUGCCACACUCACGUAGAUACUCUGGACUGAAUUUUUUCUAAGGAAUGGAUUCAUGUUCAAGCAUGAUUUUCUAACACCAAGAUAAUGAACAGUCACAAGCUUUGUGGAUGCUUCAGGACUAUGCAAUGUUGAUUCCAAAAUAUCAUGUAAGAAUUCACUUUUCUCAAUUCAACCUGAGGCUGUCUCCUCAAUCAGUAAGAUCACGUGAAGAAACUCUGCCUCAAUGGUGAAAGAGACCUUUGGUUGGUCCCUAAAAGAAGCGACUUGCAAUUUUGUAGAUAACCACUAACUUUGCAAUUCUCCGGCUCACAUUCUUUUAUCACCGAGUCCAAAUUAGCAAAAUUUGAAAUUUCUGGUUGGAACUUGGAUAGAAGCAUUCACCAUCAUGCCUAGCUAUUAGGACAAGUCGAUCGAUCCGGGGUGCCAGGUGGCUCAGUGAUAGAAUUUGAUCAUAGUUAUUUUUUGUAAAAGAAGAAAAUGAGAAAAAUUGAAAAUUGGCUUGCACUGCAUAGAAAAGAUUAUCAAAAUAAGAUAAUAUAUUUUUUGAUAUGUUUUACUUGAGAGAGAAAUGAGAUGUGGAUAUUCAUUACAGUUUAAAAGUGAGAAAGGGGAAGUAGUUAUGAUGGAUAUGAAGCUUCUUUUUCUUUUUGCUCUUAAAUGAUUCUUUCAGAGAAGAUAAAGGCUAUAUACAUGAUUGUCUUCACUGUUGUUUCACUUUCUUUUCUCUAUUGUGGUGUUUGUUUGGAAGGAAAAACACCAAUCUUUGCAGUUGGUUGCAUGUGACAGAUAGCUAUGGGAAUCUCAUAAUUUGGAUUUUUGGAGAGACUUUCAAAUGUAUUCUAACUAGUAAAAAAGGAAAAAAGUGAGUUGGAUGUUCCUGGUUGUUGAUUCAUUGUGAGCCAUACUAUUUCUAAAUAAAGUUUUUACUUUUGCCCUCA